AUGCUAUCCAAUCCGCAUAGAAAUCUUCACGAGCGACAGCGACAACAUCGAAGGCAAAUCUCGACUCCAUCCGCCCUUGAAGCCGCCAAAGCUCCCAGCCUUCCAGCACAGGCUUUGCACAGAUAUCAUGCUCAUCGCCGAGGCCAAAGCUUUGAUCAACGAUCUCUACCUGUUCAACGACCGCAGGCCGUACCAGAUGGACCACAACACCAUCAACUAUUUGCACAUCCUGAUCAGACGACCUUUCCCCAGCACGCAACCCCCAUGUCGAUGGUGCCCGAGUGCGACGAUUUAUGCCAGGAAGACUUCCAAGCUCUGACCGACCACGAAAGCCAAUCAAGCAUGGCUUAUGGAAACCCGACAUUGGUUAAACUCGAUAGCCGGAGCCUCAACAGCCGGGCCGUGAACAGUCAUUUCAAUUUGAUCCAACAGCACUCAAAAGCCUCGUGUAACAACCCACUCGACGGACAACUACUCGAAAAUGGUUCUUGGAACAUCUACCAGACCGAACAACUUGCGACUGCACUUCCACACCAAGCGAAUACCGUGCCGGCGGACAUAAGACGACUAUCAGUGCAGUCAGACAUACAGCUCCCCCAACAGCCGCAUACACCGAAACAUAGCAACACACAUUACGUCCCCAUUACCCCCGCAACUACACCAUUUAAGAAAUCAGUGGAUCUUGCUCAGUACAGCGACGCACAGCCAACACCAACCAAAGGACCGAGUUGCGCUAUGCUGGGCUCAGCCCAGUCGUCGUACAUGGAGCGCGCCAAAUCCCUACAAGGAGUGGCUGGAACAACAUUCUCGCAGCCGAAGAUGGAAAUGCCCUCCCCCCCGAAUACAGCAUCAUUUGACAUGGAUAGUUUUGACUCAUUUGACUGCCAGCAGAGUUCCAGUUUUGAGUUCCCCAGGUCCGAGAGCUUUUCACACAGUCAGUAUGCCUCGUCGUCAGCCUCGUCUUCUUUCCGCUCUUCCCCAGACCUUGCGGCUAUUCCAUGUACUGGGGAGAGUGAAAGACAAGACAGAAUCGCAAUCUUCCCUGCAACCCCUAGCCGUUCAUACCAGAAAAAGACACCUAGUGAACGCUCUAGUACCAGCUCCACAAAGACUAAGCUUUCUCCAAGAGUGGCAUCGAUUGAGAAUCUUAACCUAGACAACAGAGUUCAUGCGUCGAUUAAAGAGACGGGCGUAACCAUGGACGAAAUUGCGUCCUUCAUCCAUGGGCCCGAUCCGGAGGACGGAAAGUGGGUUUGUCUUCAUCCAGGUUGCGAGCGACGGUUUGGAAGAAAAGAAAAUAUCAAGUCACACGUUCAGACCCAUCUCGGUGACCGGCAGUAUAAAUGCGACCAUUGCAAUAAAUGCUUUGUGAGAGGCCAUGAUCUCAAGCGCCAUGCGAAGAUACAUACCGGCGACAAACCAUACGAAUGUCUAUGCGGCAACGUGUUUGCACGACAUGAUGCGUUGACUCGACACCGACAGAGGGGCAUGUGCAUUGGCGGUUACAAGGGAGUUGUGCGCAAAGCAACGAAACGGGGUCGUCCGAAGAAACACCGUCCUGAGAUGGAUGAGCGACAAGCUAAAGCGUCUAAGGCUCGUCAGAAACUAGCGGAUAAAUUUCUAGCUUCCAUCGAGGCUGACACUCCGCGCAAUUCGCCACCAUCUGAGGUCUUCGAGAACAUGAGCCUCCACGCACCUAGUCCAGCCAGGGAGAUGCCUGUGUUCAGCAACCCCAGCUACUCAUUACCACCCGAGGUCUUCACAUUUACGCCUCCUGCGUCUCCUGGGGGCAAUUAUGACAAGCCAUCGCCUACCCAAAGUCAGCGAUCCUUAACUCCCGUCACGGAGGAUGAGAUGCUGCCACUGUCGCCUUCCAAGCGUCCUCUAGAAAAGAUCGUCGAGGAGCCUGGUCUUCCUUAUCUGUCGGACACGGAAACUUGCCCAUAUACGGACGGUACAUUCUCAAACGCCCAUGGCUUAUCCUCGCCGCAUACCGCGCCAACCUUAACGGACUCCUCAAAUGGCUCCGACCUGGAUAUUUUCAUAAGCCAGGAACCUUCAACAAGUGUCGUCAAACAUGAAUUCCACGAUCUAGCAGACCCUGACAUGGCCGCUUUCCCAGACUACGUAAAUACAUCUGCCUUUGAAAGCAGUGUGGAUCUAUUUCCAGGGAAGGGAUUUUCUACCGCUCCCUCUAUGGGUGAUGAUUUCUUUUCCUUCCAAUUUCAAGUUGACGAACAGCCAUCAGACGCCAUGACCAGGGAAUUCUUUAUGGAAUGA